UUCUUUUCUUUUGUGUGGGAGAGAAAUUAAUUAGGGGUGCAUAGAUGGGUAAUAGUUUAGGCGGCAAGAAAAUGACCAAAGUCAUGAAAAUAGACGGUGAGACUUUUAAACUGAAAACUCCGGUGACGGCGGAGGAGGUCUUGAAAGACUUUCCCGGCCACGUUUUGUUAGACUCCGAAUCCAUCAAGCACUACGGUGCCCGAGCCAAACCACUUGAGUGGAGGCAGAGGUUGGAGGCGAAGCGGCUAUAUUUCGUGGUGGAGCCGGUGAAAGAGUGUCCACCGAGAAGGGUAAGAUCGGGAAUCCACGUGAGUGCCAAGGAGAGGCUUGAGAGUCUCAUGCUUGCCCGGAGAUCCUCUUCCGAUCUCUCCAUACUCAAACCAGCAGGAGGAUGGACGACGGAGGAAGAAGAAGGAGCGGUGAGGAGGGUGAAAGUGAGGAUUCCCAAGGCGGAGCUUGAAAGACUCGUUAAAGAAGGAGCCACCGAAGCCGAAGCCACCCAAAAGAUCGCUGCUCUCUUUAUGGCCAAACAGAGGCAAGAGGAGGCACAUCAGAAAACGCGAGAGGAUGAGCCCGCCACCACCGUCACUGCCGCCGCCACAAGAGGAGUCAAAUCCCGUCUGAAACGAGUGAGUUUCAUGGCGGAAAGAGGAGGAAGCGAGAUCACUGUAGCUUGAACCAAUAAAAUAUAUAUGUAUUAGAGAGUGCUUCCCAACGUUUCUGCAAAUGUAUGUACAUAAAAAACGCAGAAAGUUUGA